UUUUUUUGUUCCGACUGUUUUGGAGUACGAUCCCGCCAGAAGGAUGAAAUACAUUGGUAUCGUACAAGUCCCAUAAUGGUAGUGGGCACUUUCUUGAGUCAUCGCAUUCCUAUGCGGCACAAAGGCUUGGUGUACAACCACAUGAUACAGCUGCAUUCAAGCUUCAGCCGAACACAUGUUUCGUGGUUAUCACCUACUUACAAUUCCCGAUUGAAAUUUUCCAUGUGA